AUGAAGAUCCAGAACGUCAUAUUUCCACAGCCAGACGGCAGUCCCGAGCCGUUGUCGUCGAGACUAUGGGACAUCGACCUUGUUGACGGUGUUGUCGAAUCGAUUCAGCCGGCCGGUCGCCCGGUCGAUGCGACCGAUACAGAUGUCACCAAAGACAACGUCGCCAGCCACCUUCUGUUGCCAACACUCUGCCACCCGCACCUGCAUCUCGACAAGGCCUAUUUAUUGACCUCGGGCUGCUGUGGCGCCGAUGACGACUCCGACGGUGUCGAUCACCCCGACUACUCGGACCUCCUCCCGCAGACGGGCUCGUUUGCCGAAGCCCUCGCGACUACACGCGUGGCCAAGACACGCUUUACAGCCGCCGACCUGCGCCGUCGCGGGCUGCAGCUGCUGGCCACAAGCUUUGCACAGGGCGUGACCGAUGCGCGUGUCUUUGUCGAAGUGGAUGCGCAAGCGGCCGGCCGCGGCACGGUAGCGGUGGUCGUGACGCGUGACCUGCAGCAGCUGUUCCGGGGCCAACUCGCAGUGCAGGUGUGCGCGUUUGCGCAAGAGGUGCUCUUCACGGGCGCGGCGGGCGCGGCGAACCGGGCGGCCAUGGAGGAUGUCCUCGCAGCCGACCACAGGAACGGUGCAGCGUCUUUAGCGUCUUCGGCGUCUUCAGCGUCAGAACCGACGCAGACGAUUGCCGUCCUGGGUGCCACACCGUACGUCGAGGCAACGCGCGCCCAGUCGCUGCAAAACAUCGACUGGGCCGUCGCCACAGCGCUGCAGUACGGCCUGCAUCUGGACCUGCACUUGGACUACAACCUGACGGAGUACACAGGCGACGGCAGCCGCGAGGACGCCGCCAACGAGCCCCUCAUUUUCGCCUUGCUCGAGGCCCUCAUUCGACACAAGUGGACAGAGAGGGCGCGGCACACAGGAACCGGGGGACGUGGCAGCAAGACGCAAACGACCACGCGAACGGUCGUUGUCGGCCACAUGACACAGCUCACCUGUCUGCCGCCGGCGCAGCUCACACGACUGGCCGCCAUCAUCCGGGACAGCCGACUGCCCGUCUAUUUUGUCGGCCUGCCGACGAGCGACCUCUACAUGAUGGGCCGGCCGCCGCCCGGGCCCGCCGCAGCAGCGUCGACUGCGCCGCACACCAUCCCCCGCGGCACGCUUCCCAUCCCGGCCCUGAUCCGCGACUACGGCUUGCAGGCCUGCCUCGGCGUCAACAACGUGGGCAACGCCUUCACACCGCACGGCACAGGCGACCCGCUGCAGCUGGCCUGCUGGGGCGUCGGGCUCUACCACGCCGGCACCGGUCCGGACGCGCACCUGCUCUACGGCGCGGUCAGCUGGCGCGCACGCGCGGCCAUCGGCAUAGAGGCGGGCGACACACUGGUGGAUUGA